AUGGAUGCUUAUGAUGGUGCAGUCAGUGAUGUGAAAAGGUUCUCCAAAGAAGAGAAGAAAGCAGGCAGACCAUCCUCCACCGACUAUGAGCACAAGGAGUUGAGGAAGUACGAGGGUCUCUCAGCCGGCCAGCAGUCAGAGGGUGAACGGGGUGGGGACCCCAGCCCAGUGCUUCCUGUCAGCAGACGGCCCCGGCACGAGAGGAGGAAGAGUAGACCAUCCUCUGCUUGUGUCGGGCACAGGGAGGUGCAGCAGCCCAGUGUCCCUGCAGAGGGACAGAGAACAGAGGCUGGCAGAGACAGAGGGGAGAUGAUACCCAAGUAUGGCCAGGGGGAGAUGAUACCCAGCGGCAGGGAACCAGGGAAUGAGGAGGGAAGGUCCAUGACUCCUAUGGAGAUGGGCCACCCACAUCAAACACCAGGAGGGCUUUACUUGGAUCCUGAGACGAGAGGCUGGGAUUAUUUGGCUGGUUCAAGGAGAUCUCUGCAUGGUUCUUUAUAUAACGUACUGGAGAAAGAAAAGAUUGUUGAACAGUCAGUAGAUGACGAACAGCGUUCAGAGGUGAAAAGCGGAGUAACAGGAGAUGGGGAACAUUCCGCCCAGAAUUCCCCCAGGAUAAUGAAGAGCCAUCCCAAAGAUACUCGCCACUCGGUUUUAGAGGUGAAGAAACCACGGUCUUCGGCAAUCCCCAAGAAUCCACAAAGGGCAGCCGAUGGGCCUGCAGUGAACCAGGAAGGCACAACAGCAGACUCCAAACCCCACAGAGGCAGAAGGAGCCACUCCUCUGACCGGGUACACAGCCGUAGUCCAGAGCUUUCAAAGCUUAGGCUGCCAUCAUCAGGGGAGGAUAAGUCGGAUUCCCAACGUGUGGGAAAGGAGGAAAGUGUGGAUUUACCAAGGAGGACGAGACGGACACUCGAGGAUAUGAUUAAGAUGUCUGCAAAGGCCACAAAACCGCGUGAAACAGUCGCCCUUUCCAGGCUGGAGGUGGCGCAGGAGAAACGUCACGUGCACAAGACAGACAGGGUGAAGCACUGCUGCAUAACUCCCAUCACAAAGGAAAAGGACACUGAUGCCCUUGUGCAGGAGAGAGGCCAGUUUUGCACACCUGAAGACAAAGACCACUAUGGCACCUACGAGGACAGAGGCUCCAGCAAUGACGAGCUCGAUGUGGGCAGCAGAAACAAUGAGCUGGAGUUCUACAAAGAUGCAAUACCACCGUCACCCAGCAAGGACCGUACAGGUGAUCCACAAAGCAUGUCGUUGUCCUCGCAGUCAGAGGCGACCCCUGCCAGCGAGAAGAUCCUGGAACCAAAGUCCGGCCUUUUGAGCUGCGAACUGGAGUCAACAGAUGACACGGACAGUUCCCAGUCCACCUGCCCACCUGCUCAAGAUGAUCAAACGCCACCACGAUUCUCAUUUCUGGAGCCGGUGACCACCCUGGACAGUUGUGCCCAGAAAAGUCGCAUCCAGCUCAGCAGGAAGACGAUUCGUCGGGCGCCAACAAAGCACAGGAAGGGGGGCGUGGGGGACUACUGCGAUGGCACAGACCCAUUUCUAGAAACAAGUCUGGAAGCCAGCAUGUACGAAGACUCAACGGAACCCAGGACAUUUGACCUUGAAGAAUUGACCACACAGGAGAUCAAAGCAUGCGAGAAACCUCCAGUGUUACAGUGUCAAAGAGUUGCAAUGUUUCCUGGGAUGGAUCCUGCGGUACUAAAGGCCGGUCUGCGGAAAACUCGACCAGCGGGUGAAGAUGUGGAUGAAUCGAAUUCCAAAACUUGCAAGCUUCGUUCCCAGCAAAGUUUCAGAGUUCUGCCGCCAACAAACGGCAAAGGGGAAGGAUCCGAAGUAGCGGUUCCUUCAUGGUUGCAGGAGCUAAAAUCAAAGAAAAGAUUGAGUCAGCUUCAUUCUCCUUCAGACCAAUGAAUGAAUAAUCCAAACAGAACAAUGAGUCCGAUACAAGCCUUAACUGUCCACCAUCUUUAGAAGAAACAAACCUUGUGCUGCUCCUGUUGCUUCCUGCCUCGCUGCCUGCAUGGUGCCUUCCCAUAGUACUUUGUGAAUAAGGCUGCUUAAAGUUCAUACAUGAAUCCGAAUAAUGCUCUAUUUUGUCAGAUACUAGGGUUCAUUGCCUGGAACUCUUCAGAAAUGUCACUUUAAAACAAAUGAUAAAUAAAGACCAAUCUAAUGACUGUGAUGAGCUUGGUUGCUCUCCACAGUGCUGUGGUAAUGCCAGGGGUUGUAUCUGUGGAAGUCUGAAUGGAAGAGGAGGUGAUCCAGGACAUUCUGUUGCAUGUGGUCACUCUCGCCAGUUUACACAGACAACUGUUCCAGAAAAUUCUUGAAUAGUGCUCUAAUGCAAAAAGCAGAUGAGCCAAACUUAAUGGGAUUCACCGCCACCUGACCAGGACCUUCUUACAUGGUUUUUGCUGUUUGAGGACCACUGAAGCUUUGGUGCUAGUGUUAACGAGACAAAAAAAAGUUCUAAAAAUCAAUUCCUUUUUUAAACUUGUCAGCAUCACCUUUCUUAAUGAUGCAAUUUCACAAUAAUCUGGUGGGCUACCUUUACCAUGUGUUAAUAUAUCACUCGUACCCAUUGGGUAUCCUGUAUGUAGCAUUACAUUUGCGUUUUGGGGAAUUAAGUAUUAAACCAACAAUCGCCAUCCCCUCCCACCAAGGAAUUGAUUUUUACCACUUUGGUUUUUAUUCACUCCCUCUGAACUCUUGUAACGAAGAUCUCGACAGUGUGUGUGUUUUCUGUUUUUAUAACAUGUAAACAGAUGAUGAAAAUGUUUAUCACCAUGACAGGAAUGGAAGUGUGACUGACUCGUUACGUCAGGCUGUCUGGUUAGCUGUAGAACAAUUUUUACAAGAUUCUUAUGUCCUUGGCAAAAAUCGAUUUUUGCCUGAUUUAAGCACUCACCAAUGUUCAUCAAUUUCUGAAAUAUCUGCCAACCUGCCAGGUAGGCAAAUGCCUUGUUCAAGAAUUGAGCUUCUGUUCAAUAUAUAGUGAAUUAUUACUUAUUUUUAUUAUUCCUUCAGAUGCAGGAAGAAAAGCAAUAACCUGUUAAAACAGUAACUGUGCAAAACGCAAUGUAAAUAUUUGUUGGUUUUGUGUUGCCUUUGUAAAUGAGUAGUAAAAGUGGGGCAAGAAAGUGAAUGGCUUGACACUCAACAGUGUGGCUAAUAGCCCCUUGCCCCGCGCUUCCCGCAGUAAACAGCAAAUACCUUCAAGGCAUUAGGUUAAUAUCUAGGUACCAGGGAUACCAGGUAAUGACUGAAAAAUGUCACCAGUCUUCAUUGGAAAAAUAGUGCUGCAGACCAUACAAACUUCAACCUUUGCCUCCCUACUCGUGGCAUAUAAUUGCAUACAUUUUUCUCUUCUUUGGAAAGAUAAAGAAAAUAUAAAAUUUAAGAUUAACGCAAGUAGUGCUAGAAUGAUCAAAGGUGUUAUUAAUGAGUCUGGGGAUACCAUUGCAAUGCAAUCAUAGCCAACAGAGGGGGGAGGAUGAGAAUGUGCCCUGGGUGCAGAUGCAAAUGCUGUCUUUGUCCACUGCCUUUUCUUUCCCUGUGGGUUUGCAACAUGCCACGGCAUUUAUUGGAUUGUACAGUUAAAUACAUAUUUAACAGGUAUGAGGGAUUCCCUUUUGUUCAUUUCAUAGUUAGACAUUUCAAGGAACUUGCCAUUGUAUGUGAGGAAUAAAAUCUUUGGUAAGAAGAAAGUAGUUGUUCCAGUGUGGAAGGGGCACCAGACUACUGGAAUAUGCUUCCAGUUGACCAAGGCAAACUUUAAGUUAGCUUUCACCGUAACUGGUUCUGAGCUCCCAUGGGUCUUGUACCAAGUGUUUACAUUCCCACUCUUCUCAAAGGACUCUCUGGUUUACUCCUUUAUCAUGUCUAUGAUUGAGAUCUGGGUUUUGUUUCUCAAUGUUCAGAGAAUGCACUGAAAUGAGACUGAACUCCUAAGAGGAAGUCUGGAUGUUGUAUAUUUUUUAUGGUGAAACAUUCAGAAUAAAGUUUUACAGACUGUGAAUUGCUGUGAUUUUAACAUUUAGUUUCUAUAACUUUUUAUACACAUUCUAGUCCUUUGAAAGGAGCAAACCAGGAGAUGAAAUCUAACAAAUAAGGAAGGCUAACUUGGUACAUUUUCUGAUCCUUAGCAAUCUGACUAGAUAUAGAAAAUCAUGAUUUCUAUUUUUACCACUCAAUAGAGGCCCUGACGUCUUUUGGUUAAAAGGGAACCUUAAAAACAAAUGAUGUCAUUGUCACAUUGCAGUUAUCAAUCCUUAUCCAACAAAUUCCAUUGAAUUGAAGGCACAUUGGUUUGAAAUGUUGCCUCAUGUUCCCAAGAUCUAUAGUGAUAACUAGACAUGCAUGUGUUCCUUCCUGUUUAAAUUAUUAUGCUUUUAAUGUUGUUUCUUUUCAAAGUGAUUUGAAUGCAACACAAAUUGAUUUACCGAGACCCAGCACAGAAACUGUCUAUUUAUUCUAAGCUGCAAAGAUUUACACAUAAUUGGAAGCAUUUCCAGUAGAGUUUUAAUUUCCAGCAAUUCCUUUCUAGAUUGACCUUCAACUAAUCACUGCAAGACUCGGCAGUCUCUCUAAGCCUUUAUUCUGAAUGUACGUUCUGAGAAUUAUAACAAAGUAUAUGGUAUUUUGUAUUUUGAAAGAAUGAUCAUGGUGAAUGCGAUAUUUGUAAUUACUAAAGUUUCUUUUUUAUGUAUUUUAGUUUUACAAUCUGAUCAAUUCAUGGUGUAUAAAUGAGUCCUUUGUUAUGUUUAAGAA